CGCGCGGUCGCGUCGCGCGCGCGUCGCCGCGGUCGCUCGGACUCGAUUCCGACGACGCGCGCGCGCGAUGGCGUCGCCCGCGCGACGGACGCGCGAGACGGACGACGCGACGGUGAACGCCAUGGGUGGCGAUCGAAACGUGUUCGCGUCGCGCGCGUGCGACGCGUGCCGCGCGCUCGGGUCGUUCAUGGUGCUCGUCGUGCUGGCGAUCGUCGGGCUGACGUACUACGCCACGGUGGUCGUCGUGUACGGACCGUUGGCGGCGGAGGGGGGGGAGGACGCGGGCGUGGCGACGGGGGCGCUGUGCGCGUAUCACGUCUUCGCGUUCAUGCUGCUGUGGUCGUACUUUGCGUGCGUGCUGACGGCGCCGGGAGACGUGCCGAGGGGGUGGACGCCGGCGCCGGAGGAUCCCGAGGAGGCGGCGUCGGAGGCGAAGAAGUCGAACAGCGAAAAGAGACGGCGGUUUUGUAAAAAGUGCGCGGCGUGGAAGCCGACGCGGACGCACCACUGCUCGGUGUGCAAACGAUGCGUGUUGAAGAUGGAUCAUCACUGCGUGUGGGUCGCGAAUUGCGUGGGGGCGUAUAACUAUAAAUUUUUUCUGCAGUUUUUGGCGUACACGUUCUUGGCGACGGUGCUGGAUGCGAUUUUACUGUUGAGCAAUUUUAUAGAUUUCUUCAAAGACGUCGAUCCGGCGGAAGGAACGGAGUUAGCGGUGGUGUUUGUGACGUUUAUAGUCAACGUGGCGUUCUCGGCGUCGUUACUGGGCUUUUUAGUGAUGCACGGUAACUUGAUCCUGAGCAACAUGACGACGAUCGAAAUGUACGAAAAGAAAAAGACGCUUCCGUGGAAGUACGACUUGGGAAGGUUCAGAAACUUCAAGGAAGUGUUUGGAGAGAACGUUUUCAUGUGGUUCCUCCCCGUGCAUUCGAGCUCGCACUUGGAAAAGAUGCGCGUGAACACGGGGAUUUCAGACGGGGAAUGUUUAGAAGGCGCCGCGUACGCCAGGGCGUGCGAAAGCGCGCAACGAGAGGCGACGAUCGGGAAUAGAAAAGGUCGAGCGUAG